GAUCGACGUCUCAUUUUGAUGUCUGAGUUGUUAAAUGCAGAAAUGAUGCAUUUUCCAAUAACAACUCCACAAAAUUGCACAAUAAUGUAGCUGUAGAGAGACACUGAUAUUUACCUCCUGUGACACAAGGGUGACAUAUGGUGCAUUCCUCAGGAUCUUCUUGUUCCACUGCUGCUGCUCCUGCUGCUCGUGUAGAGGCGGAGCUGUCAGUUGACGUUGUCGGGCAUCGAGCAGCAGAGAGAGAGAGAGGGGGGGAAGCAGCAUCAGCAUCAGGGCUCUGUCACAUCCUCACUGGAUCACAGCACCAACAGCCUCCGUCCACCCUGACAAGGACAACGCUACCCGGGGACACGAUCUGAAAUUUAGGGAUCUCAUCGAAAGAAGCAACCAUGCUGGCGUGCACAGAGAUGAUCACCAUGUGUCUCCAAUCUGCAAAGCACGAACGCCUGAGGAGGCAGCAGGAGCUGGACCACAACCAGAACCAAGGCGCCUCUAUGUUCCAUGAUAUAUUCCGCCGGGCAGACAAAAAUGACGACGGGAAGCUGUCCUUGGAGGAGUUCCAGUCUUACUUCACUGAUGGUAUCCUCACUGACGAGCAGAUGCAGGAGCUGUACUACUCCAUCGACAGGAAGCAGACAGAGAACCUGGACAUAGACAAACUCUCAGAGUACUUCAGUCCACAUCUGGGAGAAUAUGUCAACGUCCUCUCUGCUCUGGAAAAGCUGAAUGUGGCCAUUUUGAAGGCCAUGGACAAAACAAAAGAGUUUGAAACCCUCUCAGAGGACCGACUCCAGCUGCCUCUCUCUUCACUGAUGAAACAUGCAGAGGAGUAUCAGGGCUCAUCAGUGCUGGGUCAGUUUGUGACGCGCUUCCUCCUGAGGGAGACCACCACCCAGCUACAGUCCCUGCAGUCGUCCCUGGACUGUGCGAUGGAGGCUGUUCAUGACCAAGGUUGCACAGGGAAGAGGAUACUGAAGACGCCCCAGGACCUGCCCAUCCAGAGGGUGGCCAAGCGCCCCGGCCGCCGCAUCCAAAAGAACAUGUGUCUCUCUCCUACUGACCCCUACUCCGGCAUGCUCACCACAGGGGUCAGUGUGGAGCCGGACAACCACUGGGGCUCCCAGAUCAACCAGCUGGAGGAACUCAUAGACAAACUGGAGUGUGAGAGUCCGCAUCUUGAGCCUCUCAAAGAGGACACGUUAGCAGGGACGUAUAAUUCGAACAUUCUUCUGGUUCAGAGGCAAAUGUCUGUGAAGGAGAGAGACGUGGAGCAGGUUCAGCAGGCUCUCAAAAUCUACACAGAUGCCACCAACAGCCAGCUAAACAACCUGCAUGUUUCAGUCCAGAACCUGCCAGACAGAUCAUGCUUCAUCAUGUAUGAAUUUUGGCAGGAUCGUCUCUCCUGGAUGAGCUACCUGCAGUCGUCCAUCAGCAAGACUUUCCAGCGCUGCAUUAUCGACUCACUGGAGGAUCCGGAGAUGGUCUCCACCAUGCUCCUCCCAGCCUCUUGGUGGAUUAUGAACAACAACUGACAGAGCGGAGCAGCCGUUAUUCAACAUCAUUAAAGCAAUUGAAUUUUUUCCUUUUUGUUCCUCGAUAUCUACUUUUUCCUCGUGUCAUGACCAGGAUUGUUUUUGCAAAGCCAUGCUCUGAGGUAAAAGAGUGAAACCAACGAAAACCUUGGAUUAGAAAGAAGAGGCACUGCAAUAUUUUCCUUUAGUGACCAGGGUCUUUCCCCAAUGUUGUUUCCCCUCUGUAUUUGCACAUUUCUUGCUCCCGAUUAAAUAGACACACAAGAAAUUGAAAAAGUUUAAAAAUAUUUGCAUGCUUUCAUAUUCCUCUGUGAUAGUUUAUUUCUCCUAUGUGCAUCUUAGAGUAGAUAUAACGUCAAUGAAACAAUAAUAGAAACACGUGAAGAAAAACUGAUCAGUCCAUCCUUCACUAUCCGUCACUCAUUCUUCAGUACAAACAAAACAGAUGUAGUGGCAGGGUUCACCUGCAUCCUCCUUCAUUCUCUCUGUGGCUAUGUGCUUUGUUGUCCUCUUCAAAGCUCUGCUGCCAAGUGUCCGUUAGUUGGAACCAAGUGAAUAAAUGAGUAGGGUCUAAACUUUUAUCAUCCGUGUGACACUUUUGCACUUUAGAAAAAAGAAGAAACAUGGACCUUAUUGUGACAAACAGAUGUUUAUUGUAGAUUGUCUAUUGAAAAUGUAGAUUCAACUGUUUUAUUAAGCUAAGAGUUGGACUGGAGUGUAGCCAGAAAAUAUAGCAGACGAUAAUUAACCAAAUAACUGCGCAGUUCUCCUGUAAUGUUACUCUAUACAUAAAACUCAAAAAGCCAUUAUUUUACAUUUGCAGUGUGUAAUCAGAAGAGUUAAACGGCACACCGUAUACACACAUAGAGGUUUAUAUUUUGAGUACAGGAAAGAAGCAGAAACUGUUUAAUGUGUAGCGAUUUAAGACGUAAUUUGAGUAAAGAUUAUGUACAGUAGAUAAUAAAAGCUAUGAGAUGUCAGUAACUGUUGUAGAGCACUGGUAAAUGUACAGUAUGAUAGUUUAUGAAGCCUGAUAAAGAGAUGAAUGGUUGUAUUCAUCCUUUGUUUUAUUUCUUUUAUGAAUAAUAUACAGUGGUUAUGUGGAUGUUAUGAUUGUUUUCUGGCAUGAAAUAAAGUUCAUGACACAUUGAUGACAUGGAAA